AUGGAAAUCCCAGCCAAGUAUCUGUCGUCGGUGCAAGGGACUGACCUCGCACCGGUGCGGCACAGGGAGACCAUGUGGAACGGCACAGAGUCCGAGGCGACCAGCGACGGCGAGAGGGACGGCGUGGUUUUGCGCACCGUGACAGGGUGUUUGCUUUUCCUCCUCAUCUUGUGGACCCUGCUGGGGAACAUAUUGGUGUGCUCCGCGGUUUUGCGCUCACGCCACCUGCGGACAAAAGUGACCAACAUCUUUAUUGUGUCCCUGGCUCUGUCGGAUUUGUUCGUGGCUGUGCUGGUGAUGCCCUGGAAGGCUGUGGCGGAGGUGGCAGGAUACUGGCCGUUUGGCACUUUCUGCAAUAUCUGGGUGGCUUUUGACAUCAUGUGCUCCACCGCCUCCAUCCUUAACCUUUGCAUCAUCAGCGUGGACAGAUACUGGGCCAUCUCGAGUCCAUUUCGCUACGAGAGGAAAAUGACUCAGAGUGUUGCGUUCGUCAUGAUUAGCAUCACUUGGACGUUGUCGCUGCUCAUUUCAUUCAUACCGGUCCAGCUCAACUGGCACAAAGCCAGCGGGGGCGUGGCCAGGACUAGCAACGCCUCUGUAGGUCACCUGCAGACGGAGGAGAGCUGUGACUCCAGCCUGAGCCGAGAAUACGCCAUCUCCUCGUCUUUGAUUAGUUUCUACAUCCCUGUGGCAAUUAUGAUUGUGACUUACACGCGAAUAUACCGGAUUGCCCAAAUCCAAAUUAGGAGAAUAGCUUCUCUGGAGAGAGCUGCGGAACACGCGCAAAGUUGUCGGACGAACAGAUUCGAGUGCCAACACCACAACACUUUAAAAACCUCCAUUAAGCGAGAAACCAAAGUGUUGAAAACUCUUUCGGUGAUUAUGGGUGUCUUUGUGUGCUGCUGGUUGCCCUUCUUCGUCCUCAACUGCAUGGUUCCCUUCUGCGACAAGGUGCCCUCAGACCAAGACGCGGGCCUGCCAUGUGUCAGCGAGACCACCUUUGACGUAUUCGUGUGGUUCGGCUGGACCAACUCAUCUUUGAACCCCAUCAUUUACGCAUUCAACGCCGAGUUCAGGAAAGCUUUCGCCAACUUGUUGGGCUGUCGCUACUUCUGCUCCAGCACGCCCGUAGAAAUUGUGAACAUCAGCAACGAGCUGGUCUCCUACAACCAAGACACUACAUUCCACAAGGAGAUUGCCAACGCCUACGUCAACAUAAUCCCCAAUGUAGUGGAAUGUGAGGACACUUUUGACAGGAUCUCACAGCUCACUGUCAACAAUGACAACGCCACCGACUCCGUGUGUGACUUGGAGGACUGCGAGGCUGUUAUCAGCCUCGACAGGAUGUCGCCAUUCACACCCAAUGGAUUACAUUAA